AUGACUGACCAGGCCAUUCCGUACACCCCGCUGGAUGUGCAGCUUCCCCCAGUUUCCUCCAAGGAGAUAUUCUCCGAAAUUCAAUGGACAACGCUUUUGUCGAUUGCGGACACGGUGAUUCCCUCCAUCCGAGGGCCCUCCGCGCCGUCGUCCGCAUCCUCCAAAGUGAUUCCCCAGUCCCAGCUUAACACGACGAUCGCACAGCUGGCGGCCCACAUCCGCGACCCCGAUGCCUCGACUCUGGCAAUGCGGUAUCUGGAAGAGAAUGCAUCCUCCAAUCUUCAUUUCCGGGAUACGAUUCAGCGGCUUUUUGCGGAUUACGUCAACGAGGAGGGGAGAAACGGGCUGGGCUUUAUCUUAAAUGCAUUAAAUUCCAAAGCGGGCUCGCUCAUUUUGACCGGCUCGGUGACCCCAUUCCAAGAGCAGCCAUUUGAAAUCCGGGACAAGAUAUUUAGCGGCUGGGAAACGUCCAGAUUGAAACCGCUGCGCGCAGUCUACCGAGCUCUGACAGGCAUCGUGAAGAGAACAUGGAUCACAUCCAGCCCGACCCUUUGCCCGGUUCUUGGCUUCCCUCGGGUCCCGGUGCAUGGAAAACCGGCCGAUGGCUUCAAAUACGACUUUUUACAAAUCCCGCCCGGGGACGAGCCGGAGACCAUCGAGACGGACGUUGUCAUCGUCGGAAGCGGCUGCGGUGGCAGCGUUGCCGCCAAAAACUUGGCCGAAGCCGGUUACAACGUCAUAGUGGUAGAGAAGUCUUAUCAUUACUCGACAAAGCACUAUCCCAUGAAUUUCAACGAGGGCUUUGUGAGUAUGUUUGAGGCGGCAGGCGUUACCGGGACGGACGAUGGCUCCAUGGGUGUCUUUGCGGGCUCGACUUGGGGAGGUGGCGGUACCAUCAAUUGGUCUGCAGCCUUACAGACCCAGGGCUACGUUCGCGAGGAAUGGGCGAACUACGGCCUACCAUUUUUCACCUCAUUGGAAUUUCAAAACUCCCUGGAUCGAGUGUGCGACAGGAUGGGUGUGAGUGCGGAACACACCACUCAGAAUAUUUCCAACAAUGUUCUACUAGAGGGCGCUAGAAAGCUGGGAUAUGCUGCACAGCCCGUGCCCCAGAAUACCGGCGGUCAAAAACAUUACUGUGGACAUUGCACGAUGGGAUGUCAUUCGGCGGAAAAGAAGGGUCCGACAGAGACUUUCCUUGCUGACGCAGCGUGCGCCGGUGCGGUGUUUAUGGAAGGAUUUAAUGCCGACAAAGUGCUUUUCAGCAACACAAAGGGUGGACGAGUGGCUUCGGGAGUGCAAGGGACCUGGACAUCUCGGGAUGCACACCUCGGUCGCUCGGGCGACGGUUCGGUCAAGCGAAAGGUUAUCAUCAAAGCCAAGAAGGUCGUGGUCUCGUGUGGAACACUUCAAAGCCCUCUUCUGCUAAUGCGCAGCGGAAUCAAAAAUUCCCAAGUCGGACGGAACCUUCAUUUGCAUCCAGUGAUCGUCGGUGGUGCUGUGUUUGACGAGGAAACUCGUCCGUGGGAAGGGGGUGCCCUAACCGCUGUUGUCAAUGAAUUCGAGGAUCAGGAUGGCCACGGACAUGGCGUCAAGAUCGAAUGUCUCACUAUGCUGCCGGCAGCGUUCCUUCCGGCAUUCCCCUGGCGUGACGGACUGGAUUAUAAGCUGUGGGCGGCGAAGCUGUCACGCAUGACCGGAUUCAUCACCCUGACCAAGGACCGGGGCAGUGGCCGAGUUUACCCAGAUCCCACCGACGGAAGAUGCCGCAUCGAUUAUACAGUUUCGGCCUUUGAUCGCAAGCACAUGGUCGAGUCUCUGGUCGCAACCGCGAAGAUUGCCUAUAUCUCGGGCGCGAAGGAAUUCCAUACCUCGUGCCGCGAGAUGCCCCCGUUUAUCCGACAGGAAGAUCCGGCGGGUGUGGACGAGUCCGAGGGCGUCAACAACGCCGCUCUUCAAUCGUGGAUCGCGGAACUGCGUCGGAAGACUCUCGAUCCGGAACGAACACUUUUUGCCUGUGCACAUCAGAUGGGCAGCUGUCGCAUGGGCGCCUCGCCGCGGACGAGCGUUGUGGACCCCGAUUGUCAAGUCUGGGGAACCCACGGUCUGUACGUUGUGGAUGCGUCUGUGUUCCCCAGCGCCAGCGGCGUGAAUCCCAUGGUGACCAACAUGGCGAUCGCAGACUGGGCUAGUACGAGAAUUGCUAAAUCGAUCGAAAAGGAGGGUUUGAUGGCUCGUCUUUGA